AUGAAGUCUGAAACUUAAAAAGGCCAAGAAAUAUUAGAUUUUUAAAUUUCAAAAAGAAUACUUCAGAAUAAGUUGACAUCUGCAAAAUUUGACAUUAGUAGAGCCACAUUGCUAUAAACUUUGAACUCUUUUUCAACUAAAUUGAAUUUAAAAAAUAAAUAAUUCACAUCAAUUCCUUUUAUGACUGCUAGAAGUUCUAUUGGUCGUAAAGAUUUAAGCUAAAUUGAUUAAUAGAAGGGUUCCUUUUAUUUAGAAAAAUCUCCUUUUUUAAGUUUAGAAGGAACUCCAUCAAACUAAUAAAAGAAAAAAAAAUCUGAAUUAUAAAUUUAAAUUGAAAAAGAUGGAAAAUUUAAGUUAGUAAUUGAGCCUAAUAAUUACGUUUAAGUUCCUUAGAAUUCACAUAGAUAUAAUACAAGUUUAUCUCAAACAUAAAAGAGCCAUUUUAUGCCUAAGAGAAAAUUUAGUCAUGAAGAAAGACAAAAUAAAAAAAAUAAUGAUUCUCAAAAACAUUCUCUAUAAUAACUAAAUAAAACUUAAACUUCUAAUCAUUUUACUAUAAAUGCCUCUCCAAGCAAUACUUCUUAUAACAAUAAUAAUGGAGCUAUAUAAAUAAUAUAAGAUUUUCAUUCUUAAAAUAGCAGAAUCAAUUCAGAAAAUAAUUUCAAAAAUCCUUAUUUACUAAAUACAGAAGAAUUUUAGCCUGAUUUUUAAAAAAAUCUUACAGAGAGAUUGACUGAUAAAGAAAAGAAUAUGUUUGAAAAAUCUCAAAGACUUUAAGAUACUUCACAAAAACUGAAUAAAGUAACCUAAAAUGAUACUCAAUAAAUUGAAGAAAAAUUACAUUCUUACCUAUCUUAUUUAGGUUAAAACUUUAAAAAUGAAAGCUCAUCAAAAAGAGUAUUUAAAAACCAUCACAAAUAAUACAAAGAGCAAACUCUUAAAACUUUCUAUAGCGAUUUACAAAAUGAAUUAUCUGAGAGCAAACAAAAAAAAGUAAUAGUUCCUAAGCUUUAAAAAUUUGCUAAGAAGGUUUAAAACUUGAACUCAAUUAUGAAUUUUAUGGAUAAAAAAUAUUAAAAAGAAAAAGAAUUACAAAUCAAAAAGAAAAAACUUUUAGAAGAUGCCAAAAACAUAAACACCGAUUUUUUUAAUUUUGACUCAAUAAUAUAAAACUUUUGCUAUAAUCUAUAAUAGUUUAUUUAAUUAAACAGAAACAAAGCUAUCAGUACUAAAAAAAUAUAAAAAUUAUAUGGAUUUAACUAAAUUAUAAAGAACAUUACAUUUGAUGAUCUAUCAGGAGAAUUAAGGAGUGAAUUUAACCCUGCAAUCAUUCAUUCGUCUAUAAAAUAAAUGCUUAAUAUAUAAGAACCAUAAAUCAAAAAGUAAUCAGAAUCUCUCUAAGUUCAUUAAGUUGCUAGUUUAGGAAAAAUUAAAAAAAAAAAUGAGUUGAGCAAAUAAGAAAUUCUAAAAAGCAUUUAUUAUUUCAAUAAAACGCUUGAAGAAAUUAAUAAUGAAAAAAUAACAGAAAAUAGAAAUAACUAAGUCGCUGUUGCUAAACAAGAAGCUGAAAUAAUUUAAUAAAAGUUAUAAGAUUUAGUAUUAUAAAAUAGAGUUAACAGUAUUGAUAAAAAAGGUAUUUUCUAAGAACUAAAAAAGGGAAUCGUAUAUAACAAUGGGAAUCCUUUUUAUAGGUCAUCAAUUCCUUUAAAUAAUACCAUAUUAAAAAGUGAAAAAAGUAAUGGAUAAUUUGACCUUAUAAUGUUUAAAAACAGAUAUUAGUCUACUUGUAUUGAUAAUAUUUGUGACUAAUUUUAAUAAUUUUGA